AUGUUCAAAUACGCCGUUCUCAUCUGCGCCCUGAUCGCCUGCGUGACUGCCAAGCCAGGAUUGCUUCACUCUCCUCUGGCCGCUCUUCCCGCUCCGGUGAUUGCUGCUCCCGCUCCAGUGGUCACUGCCGCCAGCAGCCAAGUCGUGGCCAGGACCUUCAAUGGCAUUGCCGCUGCUCCAGUGAUCGCCCCCUUCGCCGCUCCAUUGGCCGCUCCUCUUCCCGCUCCGGUGGCUGCUCCUCUGGCUGCUCCAAUCCUCAACAGAGUGGCUCCAUUUGCUGCCCCCAUCGCCACCCCCUUCGCUGCUCCGUACGCCCAUCCCUAUGCUGCGCCCGUUUUGGCCAAAUACGCUGCUCCACUGGCUUACGCCCCAGCACCUUUGAACUAUGCCGCGCCCGCUUUGUGGUAG